AUGCGCUCUAUAGCUCCCAUCGGUCUCUUUCUUCUCAACUUUGUAUUUCCAGUUUCAACAACUUCAGAGGAAGAAAAGGUCUUUCAAUGUACAGACAAUGGAUCACGAGUAACUUUUGACUACAGUAAAUUCGAAUAUGUUCGCAGUGAGGCCUGCUCACAUAUCAACAUUUCCACACGAGGAGAUAAUUACCUGAACUCCGAAGAUCCAUCAAGCUAUACAUAUGAAUUUAGAAAUGAAUAUCUUACACAGCAUCUAGAUGAGCAUUACACAGACGAUUAUUUUUUCUUCUUCAAAAAUAAUCCAGAAAAGCUUACCUACAAUAAAAAUCUUCUGAAAAUGUUUAAAUUUUACAUUCGCGAAAUCUACCACGAAAAUGUCAAUUCCGAAUUAACUCCACAAGUAAAGAGAUAUUAUCUCGUCAUUGAUCAGAAGUGUAGUUCUGUUGCCGUUGUGAUGGUCUGGAAUUUUCUAAUUGCGAACCCUUCAAGAGUCCGGAAAUCAGAAGCCUUCUUUGAGCGACGCAAAUAUUGCCCUAUUCAACUACCAAUGUCAUAUUAUUCUUAA